AUGGCUCUUUCUAAGAGGGAGCUGGACGAUUUAAAGCCAUGGGUGGAGAAGACUGUGAAAGGAUUGCUGGGCAUCCCAGAGCCCACAUUAGUCACUGCAGCCCUGAACUGUGUCGGCAAGGGAAUGGACAAAAAGAAAGCUGCUGAUCAUCUGAGGCCAUUCCUUGACGAUUCCACAAUGCGUUUUGUUGACAAGUUAUAUGAUGCUGUCAAGGAAAGCCGAGGCUCUUCAAGGCAUUCAAAGUCGAGCAGCGAUAGAAGCCGAAAGAGAGAAAUGAAGGAAGUGUUUGGAGAAGAUGGGGACUCUAGGGAUUCCUCUAAUUCAAAGAGGAAAAAGGGUACCACGAUUUGAAGAAGUGGAAGAUCCAGAAGUGAUCCCUGGUCCCCCAUCUGAGAGCCCUGGUAUGCUGACCAAGAUGCAGAUUAAACAGAUGAUGGAAGUGGCAACCCGACAGAUUGAAGAGCGGAAGAAACAGCUGAGCUUUGUCAGUCCUCCAUCACUGGCACAGUCCAAAAUGUCAUCCUCCCAGCCUGAACGGUCCCUCAUUGGUAACACCAUCCAGCCAUCCCAAGCUGCCACAUUUAUGAACGACGCUAUUGAGAAGGCCAGAAAAGCAGCCGAACUUCAGGCUCAAAUCCAAGCCAAGCUGGCAUCAAAAAUUGACCUUUUAGGAACUGCCAAUAUGGUGGGCUUGGCUAACUUGCAUGCCAUGGGAAUUGCUCCUCCGAAAGUAGAGUUAAAGGACCAAUCAAAACCCACUCCCCUUAUUUUGGAUGACCAGGGUCGCACAGUAGAUGCCUCAGGAAAAGAGAUAGAGUUGACCCAUCGCAUGCCCACUUUAAAAGCCAACAUUCGAGCUGUGAAGAGGGAACAGUUCAAACAACAGCUGAAGGAGAAACCUUCAGAAGACUUGGAGUCAAACAGCUUUUUCGACCCUCGAGUUCAGUUCACACCUGCACAGAGGCCGAAACGGGCCUUCAAGUUUUAUGAAAAGGGGAAAUUCGAGAAAAUCGCUCAGAGGCUGCGAACAAAGGCUCAGCUGGAAAAACUCCAGGCGGAAAUCUCCCAGGCUGCCAAGAAAACCGGCAUCCAGGCUUCUACCAGAUUAGCUCUAAUCGCACCCAAAAAGGAACUAAGAGAAGGAGAAAUCCCAGAGAUUGAAUGGUGGGACUCCUUCAUCAUUCCCACUGGCAGUGAACUGAGAGCAGAGUCUUUAGCAGUUCGGGAAGAAUUUCAUGGAAUCACAAAUCUUGUGGAACACCCAGCACAGCUUAGCCCUCCAGUUGACAGAGAUGCUCCAGUGACUCUCGGGAUUUACCUUACCCAAAAAGAACAAAAGAAAUUGCGGCGUCAGACGAGGAGGGAGGCGCAGAAGGAGUUGCAGGAGAAAGUAAGAUUAGGACUAAUGCCUCCACCAGAACCCAAAGUGAGAAUAUCUAAUCUAAUGCGAGUUCUGGGUACUGAAGCUGUCCAAGACCCUACAAAAAUAGAAGCCCAUGUCCGAGCACAGAUGGCAAAGCGACAGAAAGCACACGAAGAAGCCAAUGCAGCCAGAAAACUAACAGCAGCACAAAGGAAAGAAAAGAAAGUAAAAAAAUUAAAAGAAGAUAUAACACAAGGAGUCCAUGUAACUGUAUAUAGUAUCCGCAAUUUAAGCAAUCCUUCCAAAAAAUUCAAGAUUGAAGCCAAUGCCAAUCAGCUAUACCUGACAGGAGUAGUGGUGUUACAUAAAGAUGUUAAUGUUGUUGUAGUAGAAGGAGGACCUAAAGCUCAGAAAAAAUUCAAACGACUGAUGCUUAAUCGAAUAAAGUGGGAUGAGCAGACAGCAAAUACUAAGGCAGAUGAUGACGACGAGUCGGAUGAAGAAACGGUAAAGAAAGCCAACAAGUGCUCUUUAGUUUGGGAGGGAACAGCCAAAGAUCGCAGCUUUGGAGAUAUCAAAUUCAAACAGUGCCCCACAGAGAACAUGGCUCGGGAACAUUUUAAGAAGCACGGAGCUGAACACUACUGGGACCUGGCACUGAGUCAGUCAGUACUGGAGACCGCAGACUGA